AUGGCCAGUCAGAGUGAUCCCAGAGCUGCUUCAAGCCAGGAUAAUGAUUCUCGUGUCUUCACAGAAGAUAAUGAUAAGCUUCAAUCCGGUAUUUCAAAGAUAUCACCAGCCGUUGACAGUACUAUAAACGCGGAUAUCAAUGAAUACGGACAAGACGAAACUUCUGCUGCCGGAAAUCAAGCCGAACAUCGUUAUAAGAAGGAUCGUGCAUUAAAUGUUGGUGGCCCUGCUUUGACAGGAAAACCUUUAACAGAUGGUUCCAGAGGCAAUGACUUUGGUAAGCCUACUCCUUCUGAAAACAAAACCAAUACGCACUUCGAUGGCACAAAUACUAUCAACCCAGAUCCAGAGAAAUCCAGUCGUGCUAGAUUACCAACUCAACACGACCCUGAAGAUAGUCGUGGUGAGAAGGCUGCCUUUGGUAAGGGUGCAGCAGCAGCAGCUGAACUAACAAGCCACGGUCAAAGUCUAAAACAAGAUCAAGAGAUUCACCCUAGACCUGGUGAGAAUAAAACUGAUACACACUUUGAAGGAACCAAUACCAUCAAUCCUGCUGCUGAAAAAUGUAAUCGUGCUGAUUUACCUACUCAACAUGAUCCUGAAGACCAUCGUAACCGAACAAUGGAAGCCGCUCAAGAUGAGAAUGAACCAGGAGGCAAUAAAUAUACAACAACAGGACCUGGAGGUGCUAGGGAUAACGAUGAUGUAGCAAGCCGUAAUCAAUAA